UUUCAUCAUAAUAAUGUUUAUCAAAAUAAUAAUUAUUUUUAAUUUCUUUUUUAACGUAAUGUAGGAGAACAAGCUCGGAAUGAUACUGAGGCGGUGAAAGUAUUCAGUUUUAUUAAAUGUCUACUUUCACUCAUCCCCUCCACCAUUUGACCGACCAAUCAGGCUGUUAGUUUCCCCUUCUCUCUGACUAAUCGUUGCAUGUGCUUCUGAAACGUAUAAAUAUGUGCGUUUUUUCAUUCGUAAGCAUUAUUAUUCAUUUCUCCCUUGUACUCGUCACGUCGAAGAAAUGGCUCAUGUGAAACAAACCGCCCGUAAAUACACCGGUGGUAUAUCACCUAGGAAACAACUUGGUACCAACGAUGUGAAGAAGAGCGCGCCUGCAACUGGUAUUAUGAAGAAGCCCCAUAGCUGCACACCGGGAACAGUCGCUCUAAGUGAUAUUUUUCGACAUCAGAAUAGUACCCAAAUCAUUAUUGACAAACUGCCCUUCCAACCUUUGAUCCGUCAAAUAAUACAGUCUAUUAAGACUGAUAUUCAAUUUGACAACACUGCUUUGAUGGCCCUCCAGUAUGGAAGCGAGAACUACCUCGUAAGUCUUUAUGAAAGAAGUAUUUCUUUCGUCAUCAACGAAAACAAAAUCUCCAUCAUGACGAAGGACUUGGAAGUAACUCGUCGUAUUUUUGGAGAAUUUGUUUAAU